UUACACGGUGGAGCUGACUGCUGGACUGGACUCUGAACUACCCACAAGGCACUAGUUCCCUAGUUCUCCUCCAGCCUGUGUGUGAAGGAGAAGCCAGUGGCAUUGUCCCAAAGGUCUGUAUAUAAGAUGAGAGAGGGAGGGUGUUGGAUUCCUCAAUUAAGCAUCCAUUCAGUGGCUCAAGAAACCUGCUCUGAAGGCUGGCCAGGUUGAAACUGUUCAAUCAGAUAUAUCUUCACUUCAGACCAGAAGUUCCUCCAAAAGACUGCCUCACCUCACCUGACCUGACUGGGACCAGCUACAAUACAGCCAUGUCUCUGCUGGUCCAUGUUCUGGCCUGCUGCUUCGGGCUGGGCUCCUGGGUGGCUGUCAACGGCCUGUGGGUGGAGCUCCCCCUCAUUGUCAACACCCUCCCUGAGGGCUGGGAGCUACCAUCCUACCUGACAGUCAUCAUCCAGCUGGCCAACCUGGGGCCUCUGCUGGUCACUGUCAUGCACAAGCUGUGUCCGGGCCGGCUGAGGGAGAGCGCUGUCAUCUACAGUGUGUUGUCCAUCGGCAUCCUGGCCUGUGUACUGUUGGCGUUCUUCUGGGAUGAGACCACGGUUGUGGCAACGGCACCACGGAGCACAGUCUUCUUUAUUCUAACCCUUUUCCUGGCCUUGGUGGAUUGUACUUCCUCUGUUACCUUCCUGCCCUUCAUGAUGCAGCUGCCAGCCCACUACAUCACCACCUACUUCAUUGGAGAGGGCCUGAGUGGCUUUAUCCCUGGUCUAGUUGCUCUUGGCCAGGGCGUCGGCAUGGCCAAGUGUGUAAAUGGCACUCAGUCCUCUGGUAACCUCACUGAAAAGGACAUGUACAUUGUCCAGACCCAGUAUCUACAGCCCAACUUUUCCACUGAGGUGUUUUUCUUCUUCUUGGCAGCGAUGAUGUGCAUCAGCCUGCUGGCGUUCUCUGCCCUCAACAGGUUCCCACACAGCUUUGAACUGUCCACAGAGAACCUAGUUUCAGACACUGACACAGUGGCGUCGGUCUGCUUUGGUCUCGACAACCCUGGAGUGGUAACCGACGAGCAGCACUCUAACCCAAAACCCCACAGUGAGGAAUCAGGUCAGGCUAGGCCACAGCUGGCUAAACCACUCCACUCUGUUUAUCAGUUAGCUUUUAUCUAUUUCAUGGUGGUCUGUGUGAACGGGGCAACCAACGGCCUGUUGCCCUCCGUGCAGACGUACUCCUGCAUGCCCUACGGUAACCUGGCUUAUCACCUGUCGGCGGCUCUGGCAUCCUGUGCCAACCCAGUGGCCUGUAUAGUCGCCCUGUUCUUUCCUAAAAGGUCACUAGUGUUGCUGGGUGUACUGUGUCUCCUGGGCUCAAUCUUUGGAGGAUACAACAUGGCCAUGGCUGCCAUGAGUCCAUGUCCACUACUACAAGGCUCUGCGCUGGGAGAAACCAUCAUAGUUCUGUCGUGGGUCUUCUUUACGGGGACCCUGUCCUAUGUGAAGGUAAUGGUGGGUGUCAUCCUGAGGGACGAGAGCCACAGCGCCCUGGUGUGGUGUGGAGCAGCGGCACAGACAGGCUCUCUGCUUGGCUCUGCCAUUAUGUUCCCUUUAGUCAAUGUCUGCAACCUGUUCGAGUCAGGAGACUUCUGCAACACUAGGUGCCCUUUAUGAUGAUGACUUAUACCCGAGACACUAACAUACCCACUGGUAAGUAGCCUUAUCCGAGCCAGAACGGCUCAUACGGCUGGAGCUUAUCUCUUGUUUCUGUAGUGAGAGGCAGCUUGAUGUACAAGUACACCCCCUGGACAGGAGUACCUGCUAGUACCUAUACCCACUGGGGUGAUGUGUGAAUAAUGUGGGGGUCAAGGAAAAGACAAUGACGUAUCUGGCCUCAGAUUAGAGAUUGGACUCUAAGUAUGUCUUCAAGGGCACCCGGUGGUGAGAAAAAAAUCCGCCUGGAUCAAUGGAGUAAAGUAUAAGAUUUCAAACUGUUGUUCAGUUAAUAAUUGUAUGUAUUUCUAUGCAGUAUGAUUCACAACCCACACUCAAGGGUGUUGGAGCAAUUGUUGUAAAUAUUCAAAUAUAUGGUUUUAAACCAUUACUUGUUGAAUAAUUGGGAAUUUAAGGAGACAAGCAGAAUUAACCUUAGAUUUACACUGAGUGUACAAAACAUUAAGAACACCUGCUCUUUCCAUGAGAUAGACUGACCAGGUGAAUCCAGGGGGAAAAUGAUUGAUGUCACUUUUAAAUCUAAUUCAAUCAGUCUAGGUGAAGGGGAUGAGACAGGUUAAAGAAGGCAUUUUAAGACAAUUGAGACAUGGAUUGUGUAUGUGUGCCAUUCAGAAGGUCAAUGGCAAGAUAAAAGUGCCUUUGAACGGGGGUAUGGUAGUAAGUGCCAGUUACACUGCUGGGUUUUUCAUGCUCAACAGUUUCCUGUGUGUAAUCAAGAAUAGUCCACCACCCAAAGGACAUCCAGCAAAGUAUUGGCGUCAACAUGGCCAGCUUCCCUGUGGAACACUUUCGACACCUUGUAGAGUCCAUGUCCCGACAAGUUGAGGCUUUUCUGAGGGCAAAGGGGGGGGGGGGGGGGGGGGGGGGGAUGUUUCAGAUUGUAACACUAGAUGGCGGUAGUAGACCAUCUUAGAAAAAACGAUUCUUUGCAUUCCUCAGGUAUCCCAGCAGAUUCUCUUGUCAACACAAAAUACAUUUAAUUACACUUUGUCUAUUCAACACUUAUUGUAUAAAGGCUUUUAUAUCUCUAUGCUUGUGUGUGUGUCAGUGUGAAAGAGCAUUCCAUGUCAGAUCAUCAUAUGAUAUGCACUGUUGAUUGUUUUUGUAAAUACAUUAUAGAUCAUCAUGUG